AUGCCUACCUUAAAAGGAUGGGCAACAUGGCUGGAUAUUAAAUGUAAUGCGAUUUUAGUUGAUUGAAGUUCAACUUUUACAACAAUUAACGUUACAGUUAAUUUUAUUUUCAAAUUGGCUAAUGAAAGCAUUUCCCCAACUUUUUACAGGUUAUUAUCUGUACAUCGAAACUUCAAGUCCACGACAGUUCGGUGAUAAAGCUACAAUUCUAACACCUUACUUGAACGGCCCACAAUGCAUGAAAUUUUCUUACCAUAUGUACGGUGGUCAAAUUGGAGUGCUGAACAUAUAUGCGAAUAACCAAAGGCUGUUCUCAAAAUCGGGAAAUCAAGGAAACCAAUGGGUGGGUGUGAAAACUCCAAUCUUACAACGUGGAAGAUAUAAGGUGAGUAAAGGAAGCAGUAUUUCAGAUACACAAACAACAGCACAACAUUUGAGUGAAAGACCGUUCUUUUUUCAAUUAAACGAAGAGGGAACUGAGGUAAUUUCGGUACGAACCUUGGUCAUUAUUUUCUUGUGCUUCAACCCACAAUAUUUUUGUGCCAAACCCGAAAGGAUAAUCCAACGCUGUUGUUGCACAAAUAUUUCAUUUUAAUUUUGUUUUCAAAAUGACACAGGUUAUUCAAUUUGUUCUAUAAAUAUUUAAGGUUAAGUUUGAAGGCGUUCGCGGUGGUGGUUACGAAGGUGAUAUUGCAAUCGAUGGUAUAAGCUUCACUCCAGGAAGUUGCUCAGUCCAAACACCAAAACCAUCAUCAACAUCUCGACCAACAAACCCUCCAGGUACUGUACUGGUCUACCACUUUUACCAUUUUUUGGUUAAUACAACCAAGUCAUUAUAUACAAAUAAUAACCACAUGUCGGGAUUGUGUGCCACUACUCUUUCAUCGUAAUAUUUAGGAAAGUACUAGAAAAUACAUGCAUGCAGAAACCCUCGCCUUGCUGACAAAACCAUUGUAUUUUCCGAACAUGAAGUAUCUAAAGUAGUUGUCACGGUAACACGAUAAUUAUUUAAGUAUAUUCUUACAAAUGAAAAUUGCCUAAAAAUAUCACUUUUAAUUACAAAAUUAUCAAUUUCCCAAAAUAUAUAUGUCAGGUAUGUAAUUGUACGUAAUACAUGCUUUAAUUUAAUUAAGGUAAAACUCAACCACAAACAAUUCGCAAAACGUUUUAAAGUGUUCUUUAUAAAACUAAACUGCCUUUAGCUAUUAAAUGGCUUUAUCGAUAAACUUUGAGUUUGCAAUAAAAUAAUUUCAAAUUUUCGCUUGCAAAUAACUUUGCUUUGUUUUUUAUUUAAAAAAUUCAAUAUAAUAAAAAACUGGGAAUCCAUAUUAAAGAUACACUGAAAUUAUUGCUGUCUUGUUUAGUUGUUUCAUAUACGCAAAGGCCGUCGGGUUUUAAAGCCAUUAUAAAAUCAAUAUUUAAAACAAACUUACCUUCGUUAACGUCGGCUCCCUUCAUUUAACGGAUUCUUUCGCCCUUUCUUUCUUGAAAUUUACAAAAUCUUGCAGAAAUGUGAGCAAAAAUGAAAUAUAUUUGCAAGAAAUUUAUCAAUCAUCAAAUCAAGAAAUGUUUCCUAUUUCGCUGUCGUCAUCCAGUCGUUAUAAUGCAAACUUUAAAUUGGACCAAUCAGUGUCCGUUAUUCAUGAAAUCCGCCAUAUUUUUGAGAUCAGUGAGGAUGACCACCCAUGACCCAUCGUUGGUGACCCACGCCCGCGAUAAUUGAUGAACUUUAGACUUCGCCAAUGCUUCGUUUCCCCGGGUGUAAAUAGCAGGGGGGAAUUCGUACCCUCGCACGGCGCUUCGCGCCGGUGGCUCGGGGCGGGAAUAUAUUUAUGAAAGUAUAUUUAUAAUAUAGCAUUUGUAAAUUCUGAAGAUUGGCUAAGAGCCCUGUUGAUAUAACUCAAUGUCAACACGGAAACGUCAGAAAAUUUAUUUCUUUAUUUCUUGGUGCUAUAUUAUAAAACAAAUAUAAAACAACUUUUCCGUAUUGAUAUUUAACAAAUAUAAAACAUUUUCCGUGUUGAUAUACAGUUAUAUCAACACGAGUGGAAGUUGGGAAAACGAGAAAUUGUAUGGAAACACGACGCCCGAAGGGCGGAGUGUUUUCAUACAAUUUCUAGUUUUCCCAACUUCCACGAGUGUGGAUAUAACUAUAUAUCAAUACGGAAAAAAUGUUUUAUAUUUUUUUUAUAAUAUAGCAAUGUUAAAAGCCCGAAGGAUAAGAAAAAUUUCCGUGUUUACAAGCGGCGGAAAAUUUUCCGUGUUGACAUUGAGUUAUAUCAACACGGCUCUUAGCCAAUCAGCGUUCAGAAUUUACAAAUGCUAUAUUAUAAAUAUAUAGUUAUAUCAACGCUCGUGGAACUUGGGAAAACUCUAAAUUGUGUGAAAACACUCCGCCCUUCGGGCGUCGUGGUUCCACACAAUAUCUUGAUAUAACUGUAUAUCAACACGGUACAUUUUUUAUAUUUGUUAAAUCAUAUUUAAAAAAGUAUAUAAUAUCACAAUUUUGUACUGAUGAAAUAGUCUGCAAGUAAGUAAUAUAAGUAAGCAUAAUACUUGAUAUAAAAGGUCAUGAAAAAGUUCCGAUGGAGGAGUGGGCUAUUCCGUCAAUGUACGGUAUGCAUGUGUGUGUAUGUAUGUGUGUAUCUUCCGAGGUCUGAAUACCGACUUACUGCGACGUCCAAUAUAUUCCCUUUGAAAGGAAUUUGCCUUUUGAUAGGAAUCUUUGCUUAAUGCAAUUACACAGGGUGCGGGUUCCAAUUCACCUGAGCAAGAGGCUAUCGAUAAAUAUGCCUAUAACAACUGAUGCCUAAAAAUAUUUUUUGAUGAGGGAGGAAAAACGAUCGAACGGAAAAAUACCACAUUUAAGCACAGGAAAGAACCACCCAAUGAAGCUCAUAGAAUAACUCGAGCUUAAUGUAAGUAUACGUCCUACGAUGGAUUAACAGCAGCCGGCUCAAGCGAUAACCUGAAUUUUGCGAUGAAAACGAAUGAAGUAAGGUUGUAAAAGCCGAAUAUGAGGUAAGCGUGUGAAUUCACCACAGAAUUACAUGCCGAAUGGCAAUACUGUUGCACCUAAACAUGUGCAUGGAAUGAUAUCAAAUGAUGCUUGAUUUCGUGUUUAGCCUCUUGAUGUUGUUAUAAUUCACACCGUGGCAGUUUCAUUCAAUAGCACUAACUUCAUUGGUACUUGAGCCAACAUAUUCCUUUGUCCACCAGAAGAGAAAAAUUGCCGGGUAGUGUUCUGUUUGAAUAAACUAGGUCUCGCUGAAUAGGCCUACUCUGGGGUGGUAAAUUGCCUAAAAUAGCCUUAAAUCGCCUAAAAUCGCAUUAAAUUGCGGGUUAAAACUGUCAAAUUUCUCUUAAAUCGCUUAAAAUCGCAUUAACUUGCCAACAUGCAUUCUGUUUGAUACAUUCAGUUUUUGUACACAAGCUUAUCAAUUGCUGCUAUUUUGUGGCAAAUCAUGUAAUUCAGGUGUAUUGCGAUCAAAUGUAAUGCAACAUGGAUAAAUCAAAUAAGUGGAUUAGGCUGACAAUAUUUAGUCACUCAAUAGGCUCCGGUCAUUAAUAAAAACAGAGCCUUUUUCUGCUUUAUGCAGACUUUACAAUAAUUAGGCAAUUCUGGGAUAUAAAAGACCCAUAGAUUCCAUUACACUACCAGCAACAAAAUUGAGUUACUAGUUAAUUUCAUUAUCGGCUGGGCUACAAUUUCUGUGGACUAUGGGGGGCUGGGCUACAAAUUAAUCUAUAAUGUACAUGGCUUCUCAAAGCCUAAUUGCUGUUAGAACAACAGUAGGAGACUAUGAUAAUGAGAGUCAAUGAGUACGAGUAUAUAAUAAGGCCAGGCAUCCUGCAAUUUGUGCACUGUUGCAUGUAGAUUGAGCACUGCAUUGUAUACAAUGGUUGUACUUCGACAUGUGCAUGGUUAUACUCUAGCUCCUAGUUAUAAUUAUAUUGGCUAUCAAACGAAAAACAUACGUGACUUUGAGCGAGAUUUGCAAGUUUUGCAACUCUCAUCUAUUAAAUUUUGCAGACCUGUAUAUAAAAUAAACAGUAAAACUAUGAUUACAUCGUACAUACCAGGGCCAUCGUACAUACCAUACAAUCUUUGUUGUUGUUUGUUUGCAGAACACUUGACAAAUUAUAAGGUAAAAGACUGAAAACCACGAUGUAGUGCGCGGUGUGCCACUUGUUUAAUUUAAUAUCAUUUGUUUAGUAUUUUUUUUAAAUAAGGGACCGGUCAUAAAGUAGAGGGGAGGGGGGUGGGCUAUGAAAAUUGAUUUUUUAAAGACUGGUUUACAGUGACCCACCCCCAAAUUGUGACAAUAAAUUGAGGUGGCCCACCCCUAGAUUAGAGCAGAAAUCUUAGUGACCCCCCCCCCGUCAUGUAGAUAAUGUACUGUACGGUAAUGUAGAUAGGUGCGCGUACGUUGGCAGCAUUGGCUUACCACGAUUCUUUACUAGUUUAGUCAGAAUCCCCGAAAAAUCUCCAAGAUUGAAAUGUUGUAACACGCCGCCCGACUCUUGAACAUAAUUCAACUAUGUCCAAACAUAAUGCAUGACAGUACAUUCAGGGCCGUAGGAAGCUCUUUUCGAUUGGGGGGGCUGAAAGCGAGGGCCGAAGGCCCGAGGAAAUUUUUAAAUUUAGAGUCUCUAAAAUGCCAUUUCCUGGACUUUGGGGGAAGAUUUAACAGAAUUCUGAUAGUCAGAAAACAGCGUUUUAGUAUGUCGAAAUUUACAGGAAAGUAUGGGCCAGACUGUAGUAUUAUAAAUGCGCGGCGGGAAUUUUCGCCGUAAAUGGCAGUUGCGCGGAAAUGAAGGCAGAACAUUGGAGAAAAUUUCGAAAAUCUGGAGUCUCUAGAUGGUCUGAAAUGGCAUUUUCAGAGUUUUCUUUCGCAAGACCCAACACGCAAAAGACAAAAUAAAUCAUUAGUUCAUCAAAAUGUGCAGAUUUUGUGGGAUUUUCUUGAAAAUGCGCGACAGAAAUUCAGCUAAAAUUUCUACGCGAGGAACGAUCUGGAGUAUGAGUAAUAUCUUCAUUCUUUGCAGUUUGUCACAGAUUAAAUGAUAAAGUUUGCAUGAUUUUGAAAAAAGAAUGAUUAUUAGCAAAUUAUUGGGGGGGCUGCAGCCCCCCAGCCCCCCCGGUUGCUACGGCCCUGACAUUGAGUAGACUACGGUAACUAGAACACUUCCCAAUGUACUGUAUACAAAUGUGAAUUCCUGUUGUUUAAUCAGGGGCGAAACUUGAGGGGGGUGUGGGGGGUGUUACACCCCCCAAAAUACGAAUCGUCCCGAUUGGCAGGGCAAUCAAAGGUCUAUUAUAAAUAAAUGAUAGCACAUAGGCGUACCGGGCGGGGGCAAUAUUCGAUCGGGGAGGUCGCCAAAAUAAUUUUUCCGGAAAAAUUUUUUUGGUACUUUUUGGCAGGGCAUCACUGGUUUUGGCAGGGCAAUUCUGCCAGACACCCCCUAAUUAAAAGGCGCUAGUUUCGCCCCUGUGUUUAAUAUAUAAAGUUAAUAGGUUAAAGAGAUUUCGCAAAAGUUUUUAUUUGCUAUUUAUUAAAUUGUGAGACGUGAAUAAUUUUACCUGACCCACCCCUAAUGCAGUGCAUAAAUUUUCCUGACCCACCCUUUUCGACGUGUUGAAAAAUAGUGACCCACCCCCAAUUUUUCAUAGCCCCCCCCCACCUCUACUUUAUGACCGGUCCCUAAUUUAGAAUUCCUACCAUUUAUAUGCGAUAUACUUCAUGUAAAUUAAACUUUACGGCAUUACGCCGACAGUUUCCGAAUGCGUGACGAUGCUGUUUCUGGAUAUAAAUAUCAAACAUAAUUUUAUAAAAUAUGUUUGUUGAAACAGUUUCAAUAAAAUGCAGAGUAAAAUGCAAGCUAAAUAAAGAAGUGUUGACAAGAUACAAAACAAGACAAUUUCAGUCACAAGGGACGGGUGACAAGGUAAUUUAUAGGAUUAUAGCUUAUUGUAACUGUAUAAAUACAUUGUGCGUUUCUAGUUUCUACUCCCUGUGGGCUGUGGUUCUUUUGGAAAUCAAAUAUCUAUUAUAUUUUGCAAUUAAUAAUAUUAAAGUUUAAGACAUGUGCAUGCAUGUAGUCUAGUUAUAGGUUGGCAUUUUGCAAUUAUGUACCGUACAUGCCCCUUAAGGAUAGAAUAUUUAUUAACUGUUUACAAUAUUUGUGGUAUAUAAUGUAGCCAUGAAUCGACCACAUGACCCAACAGGAUGAACUCCAAUGGCUUCUAAAUAGACAAUGGAUGAAAAGUUCAUGAAUAUUGAGUUUAUAUAUGAUUCGGGGUAAAUACAAUAAUUAUUAACCUAGCUUUAUAUAGAAUGUGCAUACAUGUUCUAAUAAUUGUAUUUUGCUUCAUACAAUGCAUCAUGUGUGUGGAAACAUUACAUUAUUAUUCAGCUCACUCCCCAUUGGGGGUUUUCAGUGACCGAUUACAUCAAGUAUUAGGAUUACUUAUGUUAGUCUAGACUAUUUUACAAUGAGAAUAUGAUAUUACUUUUCUAACUGUGUUUAUUCUAACCCACCCUACCAAUUUUGCCCUGUGUGAGGAAACCGGAGCAAAAUGUAAAUUUCAAUUACCUUGAAAACACCUAAAUUGCAAUCCUUAAAAUUUAGAAUUUUCUCUUAAAUCGUCUUAAGAGUGAAUGUCAGUAAAAAUCGAACAUAUGAGACAAUUCGCGGCCACGACUGAAAAAUCGAUUUUGCUCAAAUUUUGCCCAGAUAUACCUUAUUAUAUCGGAAAAUGCACCCAUAUAUUUUUUAGGUUUUUAACUUUGAGAAAAUUCCGAUUUAACACGACCACCCUAAAUCGCCAUUUUUUCUGGGAAAAUAUGCGCUGAUUUUACAGAUAAAUUUCACGACGACAACCGUUUCUAAUCGAUCUAAAACCCUAAAAAUCUUGUUUUCGGUUAUUCAAAGGACGGUAUACAUGACUUACAGGAAAUCUGAGUUACAUUUAGGAAUAGAUAUAAUCGUAGUUUUGGAGCACACUAUCUUACUUCAUUUACGAUACCCUCUUAACAAAACCGAUUUUCACCAUGCGAUAAAGCUCCAAAUCGAUCAUGCUUCUAAAGUUGGCUCUUUAAUAAGCAAGCUUUCAACUGACGUAAAUACUUCUUUUGGCAAAUGAAUACGCGAUAAACGACAGCAGUAGAUACCCCCCCCCCAUAUAGGGGCCAAAGGGUGCCGACAGUGACGUAACAAUAGGAAGGAUUAUGUAACAAUGGAAAAGUAAUUAACAUCAAUUAACAUCAAUUAGCGAUCACGCUACCUUGAAUCUUAGUUAGUGAUAUCGAUUGUUUAUUAGAAUAACAAUAUGAUACCGUUAUCGUUUAAAUAAUGACAUGCUGGUAUCGGUAUCAUUAAACCGAAUUCAAUGAAGCAUCAAUUAGCGUCUCGUGGUCAUUAAAAUCUAGCACAAAAUGAUGUCUUAUCAAAGAAACAGAAUACCGUUAUCAUUGAAUUAAUAACACGGUGAUUUUAUCAAAAUAACAAUACGAUGAUACUGUUAUCAUUUAAAUAACAACAUGCUGAUAUUGAUAGGAAAAUUAUUAUAAAUAGACAAGAGCAAUUUCAUUUUCUGACGAGAACUUUCGCUGAGAAAGGAUUAUUUUUUACGAAAUACUUUGAACAUGAGUUUUUUCCAAUCGAAAGAGCGUGCGGCAUUUUGUUUACUAAUGGACGAAGUUGCAUCUUAUGAAGUGAAAAAUUUAUGUGGUCUGAUGGAUGCUAUAUUUUCUGAAGCUGUUUCCGAUGAAGUAGCGAAAAUACGUAAGGAAAAGUGUUGUGACUGUAAAGUGGAUUACCCGAGUCAGAGAAGACAUGAAUGUCUCAUGUUAACACUUGAAGAAAGUUGGAGAACGUACGGUUUGGACGCCAUAGAGCAAGUAAUCGAACGGGGAAUACUCUGGAAGCUGUUUAACGAAGCUAUUCGUGUGCAGAAAUUGGAUUAUUACGAAGUUGUAAGAGAACAUUAUGAGAACUUGACUAAAAAUUAUGAAACAACUCUUGAAUUCCUAAAGGAUUUGAGGUAUAACUCAGAAUUUUUCGACUACCAAGCUAUUUUGGGUUAUCUAUAUUACUGGAGCGAAAACCAGUAUGCAUGA